GAUAAUUCAAGUGUCGAAUCUUUGUUAAAAAAAAGAUGUACAUUUAAAUAUAAUAUCUCGUUAUCAAGACUGGUUCAGAUCAAGAGAUGUUCAUUACAAUGCGAACAGUAUGUUCACUAGUUAUUUUUAUCUUAUGCACUUGGUCGUACGGCCAUAGCGGAAGUGCAAACGAAAAAAUAAUGGGACGAAAGUUGUGUCCACCAAUGGCAAACGUGCCGCAGCCCGUCAACCGUGUAAACACAUCAAAGAUCCUCGAACAGCUGAGAUAUGAAAUGAAACGGAUAAAUGCUUUUCAUGGAUCCCCUAUCGAUGGAUACAUUAUACCAGAUACAGACGAACAUCAAAACGAAGAAGUGGCCGAUCACGACAAAAGACUGAAAUACAUUUCCGGAUUUAGCGGUUUGGGCGGCGUAGCGUUGGUAACGCAAACGAAAGCGAUUUUCUGGACUGUUUGGAUGUACCAUCAACAGGCCGACGAAGAGUUGUCUUGUGACUGGCAACUUUUAGUUCACGGAGAAUCGUUGAGAUUGGACGAAUGGAUAUUGGAUGAGUUCAAGCCGAAUUCGAGAAUAGGCGCAGACCUGAAACUAAUAUCCAACGGCGAUUGGGAAUUUAUGUAUAGGACUCUAGCAAAUGCUUCCAUUAAUCUUGUGCCAAUCAAUAACAAUUUGAUUGACUUAAUCUGGGUAGACAACCGGCCAAACUAUCCAGCGCACGAGGCAUUCGUUUGGCCUCUGGAAUACGCUGGAAAAAAAUGGGACACCAAAGUGGAUGACACCAGGGAAAAGCUAGUGGCAAUGGGUUUUGACGCUAUGAUUGUUACGGCUUUGGAUGAAAUCGCAUGGCUCUUGAACAUUCGAGGCCAUGACAUACCGUACGGACCAUUCCUCAAAUCGUACGUCAUCAUUAGCAAAGAUCAAUUGCAUCUAUAUGCCGAUUUGUCGAAGUUAAGCUCCGACGUCCGCAAGCAUCUACGCACCGAAAAUUGCUAUUCGGCUCACUGUGUCAGGCUUCACGACUAUGAUGCUGUGUGGACAGAUUUGAGGAGUUUUUCCCAGGUAUGGCGCAAAGUUCUAGUGCCCUCGGCCACAGAAUUCAACAAUGGAGCGAGUAGAUGCAUUUUCAUUUUAAUUAGUGCGGAAAAGCGAAAACAAGGUCCAUCGCCAAUAAUGUAUAUGAUGGCUGAAAAGAACCCUGUGGAAAAAAUAGGAAUGCGGCUGUCCCACAUAAGAGAUUCAGCGGCAAUGUGUAAUAUUUUGGCAAAACUCAACGAACAAUUUAAUAACGGGCACCAAUUGACAGAGCUGGCUGUGGCAACUAUGGUGGACACAUAUAGACAAGCGCAAAAUUAUAGUAGAGGAGCAAGCUUCAAGUCGAUCGUGGGCUAUGGACCUAAUGGAGCGAUACCGCAUUAUACACCUUCAACGGCGAGUAGUCUUAAACUAGACCAUAUGAGCACUCUGGUAAUUGAUAGCGGAGCUCAUUAUUGGGACGGUACCACGGAUGUGACUAGGACCGUCCACUUUGGUCAGCCAUCGGCCGAGCAAAUCGAUGCUUACACCAGGGUGCUGAUGGCUUCUAUUGACUUGGCUUCGUUCACUUUCCCGCACAGUCUCAGAGUCAAUCAGAUCGACGUGGUCGCCAGGGCACCUCUAUGGGACACCGGUUAUGACUACAAACACGGCACUUCUCAUGGCAUAGGAGUUUUUCUCAAAGUGCACGAACCUCCUGUAAACAUGUAUUAUGGACAAAAAUCAACCGACGUAGUACUCAAAGAAGGAUACUUCAUAUCGGACGAGCCCGGCUAUUAUAAAGAAAACCACUUCGGCGUUCGCUUGGAAACCAUAUUGGAAGUAAUUGCAAAGAAUGAAACAAUGGGCAAAUUUUUGACUUUUACGCCAAUUACCUUGGUACCGUUCGAACCUAAACUCAUCAACUAUUCCAUGCUCAGUCCUAAACAAAUCCGCUGGUUGAAUGAGUACAACGCUAAAAUCCGCUUAGAAGUUGGUGCCGAACUACUUAAGCAAGCCGAUCAUCAGCUUGGCUAUGGCUGGAUGAUGGACCGCACAGUGCAGGUGUCGAGCAGUAGCCGUAGCAUAGCGAACUCGUUUUGCUUUGUCGUGCUCGUCGCCCAGAUAAUUUCUGUCAUCGGCCAAUAAUAAUUUACAACAGCUACAUUAUUAAUUAAUACCAUCGAGCAUAUAAUAUCAUUCUAUAAUCCACGAUAACAUCCAAGUAUAAAAAACAUUAUCCCCCGUUCGCGUUUAUUAGAUUUCAUAAUAUAGUACAACAAAACCUCUGUAUAAUGCUAUUGACUCUGCGACAAUGUAAAGCACCAAAAUUACAUUGUGUUCGUGAUUCAACAAUUCAACAAAUUUGACUUCCAGCGCUCACAUUCCCUAACAUUUAUUCGAUUUAAAUUUGUUAUCGGUAAACCGAUUUACGUACACCACGACAGACAAAAUAUAAUGUUUAGUAGGUUUAUUUUAUUUUUUACACACAAUUAUAUUUAAGUACUAAAAAUAGGUACGGUCGGAUGGGGGGGGGAGUCUCUUGGCGGAAUUGGUCGCUUAAGUGGUGGCGGUGACGAUUCGGCUCAAAUAUCUUUCUCUGUCGUCUCUCAGUGCUUUGUGUAUUCUGGUCAGAGCCUUGUCCGUGGCGUUUUCCUCGUGCUUACAUAUGUACCUGUGCCGGUUGCUACACUCGGCCCCGCUGUACGCGUACACCUUACUCGCCGGGUUUAACGCCAACCGCAAACAUCUACCGGACCCGUUUACUUGGUCUUCCGGCCUAUUUGAGUCUUUAGGCACUACAGGACGAGCGCUGUUCGCCCAGAUCCACAAAAGUCCCGGGUUCAAACCGCCAGUCCAAUAGUCGUAUCCUGCGAACAAAAAAUCAACAAUGUCUCAUUGAAUCUUAACCAAUUUCUCGCCAAUCUGCGGUAUCUCUAUCUCUCCCCUUCCGUUAGUCACCCCGCACACGUACCCCGUAGGUAUUUGUCGCUUAUCAAAAACGUCAGCACGUCGAUCUGUUCUUCUUUGUUGUCGAAUUCCAACAGGUUUCCGCCCAAGCUCUUGCACAUGGACAUGGCCGACUUCCAGUUGUACUGUCGCUCACUAAAGUGAUAGCACGUGUGAGAAAUGCGCGUGAAGUUGCCCGGGCAAGGAUCUGUGUACAUUUUACAAAAUAUUAUUCAUUUUUUUUAAGUACCCAAUUAUAUGUCUUCUCUCGUAGAAGAAGCAAUAACAUUUUUUUUGCAAUCUAAAAGUUUAUAAUAACAGCAUCCGGGAAAGCGAACUGAAUGUGUGAAAUUUACAAAUAAUCAAUAGCAUAGAUUUUAACAAAAAAAACAUGAUUUGAAUUUUAACGAAAUUAAAAUAAAAUACAUAAAGAAUCAAGAAUAGUCAGUUUGACCCAUAAAAUACGAUUUUCUCGGCGCAGUCAAAAAGAACACAGUUUUAUUUAUUUUUAUGAAAUAAUAGUUUUAGCAAAAACAAUUUUAAAUGAUGUCAAUACUAUUUUUAAAAUCAAAAUAGUUAUUAUUGUUAAUAUUAAUAGACAAUAGUUAACGCAAUAUUGACAGCAUAAUGCACUAUGCUAUUGAUAUUGUAUUUGGGUAAAUUGUGCUCUUUUAGAUAACGCUCGAUUUUCUUAUAGUAUGAAACAGGUAUAAAUGCUAUUUUAAAAAACCAUCAUCUAUUUUUAGGGUAAUUACUGAAUAAAUUAAUUUCAGUUGUGAAAUAAAAAUAGUUAAUGACACUAUAAUUCAACACAGUAAAUUAUUCAGUAUCACCGCCCGAUCCAUUAAAAUAAAACAAUUACUUUUUCAACUUUAAAGCAAGCUGCCCGGUGAAACACCUAUUUCUCUAGGACCACAUGACCAAGUCACCACUGUUACAUCAGUCUAUACUUAAAUAAUAUCAUUAAUUAUUAAUGUAUAAUCAUUGUUAGUAGGUGUUAUAUUAUGUAUUAUAAACACAAUUUUAAACUAACUGUAUUACUAUUGAAAAAUAUUAAAUAUAUAUAUUUAGCUAUGUAAUCCUCAGUAGAUACUUACUACCUUAAAUUAUUAUUAUUAUUAGAAAAUAAUUGAAUGUAUCGUUAUUAAUUGUAAUUAAUAAUUAGUAAGUAGUUCGGAAAACCGGAAUGACAGUAGAACUUAAGUAUAGUUAGUAUAAUAAUAGUUAUGAUACUUGCGAACUAUUGAAUGACUUAGGCAAAACCACAACCCGCAGUUGGCUGUUGGUUUUGACAAAAUAAAAUUAUCUACAGUUAGAGGUAUAAAAAACUAUGCUAUUUACGGUGGUGUGUUUUGUAGAGCAUUCGCGUAGAACUUUCUAAAAAUUAAAAAGUAACGACUUGCUGUGUAACCACUUGUUAUUGCGAUUAUCUUAUUGUCUAAGUAAAAUAUUAAUAAUAUUUUAACCAUGUAAG